AUGGAGACCAAGAGCAUGGAGGAUUACAUGGAGCGCAUCCGCGUGUUGGACGCGCUAGAGCAGCAGGCGAUGGGGCUAUCGCGGAUGCUGACGACGUACACGGACCGGCUGCAGGAGCGGCUGGAGCAGCGCAUAGAGAUUGAGGCGGGGGCCGAGGCGGUGGCACUGACCAGCAUCAAGGGUCUGGAGGCAGCGGUGAUGCAGUCGGUCGAGCAGAAGCGGCAGCUGGUGGCCAAGUGCCAGCACCUGGACCGGUCGAUGCGCGGCGUCCAGGCCAUGUCGAAGCAGGUGCAGGAGAUCCGGCAACUGCUGGACGUCAUGGAGUAUGCGAAGCGCAAGAAAUAUUGA